ACCUCCCCCAGACACUCCGCUGCCAUGGCCCGGGAGAACGGGGAGAGCAGCUCCUCCUGGAAAAAGCAAGCCGAGGACAUCAAGAAGAUUUUCGAGUUCAAGGAGACCCUGGGAACUGGUGCAUUUUCUGAAGUGGUUUUAGCAGAAGAGAAAGCAACUGGAAAACUCUUUGCAGUGAAAUGUAUCCCUAAGAAGGCACUAAAAGGCAAAGAAAGCAGCAUAGAAAAUGAGAUUGCUGUUCUGAGAAAAAUUAAACAUGAAAAUAUCGUUGCUCUGGAAGAUAUUUACGAAAGCCCAAACCACUUAUACUUGGUUAUGCAGCUUGUAUCCGGUGGGGAGCUUUUUGAUCGAAUUGUGGAGAAAGGAUUUUACACGGAAAAAGAUGCCAGUACUUUAAUCCGCCAGGUCUUGGAUGCAGUCUACUAUCUCCACAGGAUGGGAAUCGUGCAUAGGGACCUCAAGCCUGAAAACCUUUUGUACUACAGCCAGGAUGAGGAGUCCAAAAUCAUGAUCAGUGACUUUGGGUUGUCCAAAAUGGAAGGCAAAGGAGACGUCAUGUCUACAGCGUGUGGCACUCCAGGAUAUGUGGCUCCAGAAGUCCUCGCACAGAAACCUUAUAGUAAAGCAGUUGACUGCUGGUCCAUCGGGGUGAUUGCCUAUAUAUUGCUCUGCGGUUACCCUCCCUUCUAUGAUGAAAACGACUCCAAACUUUUUGAGCAGAUUCUCAAGGCAGAAUAUGAAUUUGACUCUCCCUAUUGGGAUGACAUCUCAGAUUCUGCUAAAGACUUCAUCCGGAAUUUGAUGGAGAAAGAUCCCAAUAAAAGAUAUACAUGUGAGCAGGCAGCUCGGCACCCCUGGAUUGCUGGUGAUACAGCCCUCUGCAAAAACAUCCACGAGUCAGUCAGUGCCCAAAUUCGGAAGAACUUUGCAAAAAGCAAAUGGAGACAAGCUUUCAAUGCCACAGCCGUUGUGAGGCAUAUGAGAAAACUGCAUCUUGGCAGCAGCCUGGACAGUUCAAACCCAAAUGUGUCAAGCAACCUUAGCCUGGCCAGCCAGCUCCCUGACGGGGCAACCCGAAAAGAUUGCCUGGCAUCCUCCACACUCUGUAGUUUUAUCUCCUCCUCUUCAGGUGUUUCUGCAGUAGGAGCUGAGCGGAGACCGAGGCCAACCACUGUGACCACAGUCCAUACCGGCAGCAAGUGACUGUCCCCAGAGGUGGAGGCCGGGCUGGUGGGGUAGAGGGAAGAGCUGGGAAACAAGGCCCCGCCAGUGGCCAGCAGGACGUGAUCUCACCUGAGUGAUUUCACCUUGCAUGGUGCCCCUUCCUGCACAGGACUGGAAGACAAAAGCUUUUUUUACGGCCAUAUUUUAUACUGCAAUUCUGAAGUGUUCAUUUCUCACAAACUUUACAGACUCAAGGGGAGCCAAUUGAACUGGUUGGAUCUGGUGCUGUAUAUAUGAGUCUAGAGAUGCUCUAAUUGAAUGGACUUUCUCCUUCCUCACCCCCAUUCCCCUGUCAUUUACUCUCUUCUCAGUGUAGGUAAUGGUAUAUGUUGUAUUUUUUCAUUAAUGAAAAAAAAAAGGUUUCAACUGGAUUAUUUAAAUAUUGGUAACUUUUGUGCAUUAGGUAUUUCUUUUCUUUUUAAGAAGUAUUUCCUUUUAAAUCUAUACUUCUUUAAUCACAUGAUCUUCAGUAAGUAGAGAUUUCCAUUAACCCCACCCACAGCUUAUUUUUAUUCCCAGGGGGAUUGAAAAUGAUUUCUAAAGAUCUACCAAAAUAGGCUAGAGGAUCUGUCUCCCAGUAUAAUUGUUCACUUGGCUUCAAUUUCUCCUUUCUAUUAUCUCCCUUCUUAGGAGGGGCAGCUUACUGCACAAGACAACCCAGCCAUUCAGCAUCUGGGGUUAUUCUCUUAUAAGGAGGCUUUCCUAGAAGUGUGCUGCCUGUCCUGACCCUUUCCACAUCAACCACUCCAGAACACUCAACAAACAAAUUGAGAAACAGUAGCCAUGGCAUGAGUUAAGUCAGACAGAACACGAAGCCUAUUCCCCAGAGGCCUGAGACUUAAAACUCCCAUGCGGCGAGGAAAGGGCUGUCCUUCCACACCAGACUGAGGGCUCUGGAGUUCAGCAAAGAAUCCUGCUUUUGGGGGAGAAAGAGCCCUUCUUCCUCUGGGGAUGACCUGCCGAGCUGAUGUUUCCAUGGCAACUUCACAGGAUAAACUCGCUAUGGUUGACAUGCUCAUACAUUGAUGUUUUGAAAAGCCUUCCUUACAUAAGAAACCUACUGUAAUUUUUAUUGUUGAAAGUCUACUGCCCACACACAACUCUCAUUUCUCAAAAGGGGGGUGACAUCAAAAAGCUCUGCCCUCUGUCUUAAAGCUAUGCAGAUUUAAAAUUCUCUCUUUCAACUUUUUUGAAAAGAUUUUUCAUUAUCAAUUGAAAACUCUUCCUCCCUCCAACUCAUACAAGUUGCUACUACAGCUCUCCAACCUAUUCCCAUCUGACUUGGUGGGGAGAAUGAAGGGAGAGUUCAUUUCACUGGCCACAUUCAAUAAAUAUUCAGUGGAAAAAACAAGUGACAGCACCCAUACUGGCUUACUCAGUUGUAGCUGGCACUUUUAUGCCUGUCACAGAAUUUGCAGAAUUAGAAGAACCAAAGACCCAUCUACAGGUACACACCACUAGCAAGUGCACAGUAAAAAGGGUGAAUUUGUUCUUCAGGUAGACUUCAGAGAUGCUGUUUAGAGGAAGCAUGAGAUAGACAGGUGGUUCAGAAGGCUGACUUGGCAAAGGAUGGCAUCCUGAGCAUGGAAUUCCAUAGAGUCAGCAUCUAGCCAUUCUGAGCAUCCAAUAAGCAUCCAAUAAGAUGCACCAGAUACAAAUGAUCCACCUACUUCCCUGGGAAUAAACUGUCCUGGCCUUCAUCCUUCUGCCCUCCUCAUGUAGAAAGAUAGUCUUACAGAAGUCAAUUCAAUUCAAUUCAAAAAACCUUAAAUGCAUUUCUAGAAUUAGGUUUCCUUAGGUCACAUCCCUUUCAUCUCCAUACCUUUGUCCAUCUCCAAACAAACAUAUUUUAGUUACAAACACCACAGUGUUAGCAUCCACAUGCUCCUUGCCCUGGGUCUCUGAAGAUGGUCCUACUGACAGGGAGAUAUUCAUGCAAGGCAGCAGGACUAAAAAGACAGACUAGGGCAAAUCCUUUAGCAACAUGAUUGUUGCUACAGCUCUGCCUCCCAUCAUGCUCUGAGCUGCAUGGUAUAAAAGAAAGCAAUUUGUCUUUUGAAGAUCGCUUAUGUUUGGAAAGAAAGGAAAUAUAUUAACUUGAUUUUUUUCAGAAAAGAGUGUCACAACUUGGAAAGACACUUAUAGUUGUGUGCAGCAGCUGCAUCCAGAUAGUUUCCAACUUCAGAAGGAGAAUGAUCUUUGUAUCAUACAUAGUGUUCAAGGAAAGUCCUGUGUUUCAAGAUGAAAUUAACAGUACUCACCUGCAUGAUUUAAUGGGGACCAUCAAAAAUUAUGCAAUUCAUGAUCACAAAAUGACAAAUGGUACUUUGCAAGGGGGACAUUAGUCCAGCACAAAAGUGCAUGUUUAAAAAGACAACACAGGGUUGUGUGCUGUGUAGAGGCAUAUGCACUUAUAAAACAAAAUUUGAAGCUAUAUUCUGGAAGCUACCCAAGUUGACAAAGAUUGUUCUUUUUUUCUGGAGGAAAUUUAUGAGAUGCAUGUUAUAUGAAGAGCACAUGCGAUUAAUCUGAAAUAAUGACAUGUUUGGAAGAUGCAAAAGAGCUAGAAAGCUUUUUUUAAAAAUCUCAUUUGUGGAUAUGCUUUUUGAUUAAGUUCGGUUACCUCACAGUGCUGUUGUAAUCCCUCUCUUUCUCAAGUCAGCACUACUAUAGUAUGGAAUCCAGGGGGACCAAUUUAAGCAUCUUUUCCUUGUAAAAUAUGACAAUGCAGAUUGGACUCGGUAUCCCCAUACCUUGCACCUAGGAUAGGAUGGAUAUUUCCAUUGAAGUUUUAUAUUAUAAGAGGGUAUGUGGAAUAUCAAGCCUCUCAGCUGGUUCUCCUCAAACAAUGAAAGAAAAAGAAUUUGUUAAGCAUUUAUGCACCAGGAACUGUGUUAGUUGCUGGGGAUACCGAUACAAGGAUAGUCCCUGUUAUUACAAAAUGGGGAAAGCAAGGAUUUUACUAGGCAUAGUCAGAGUAGAGAAGACUUGGAAUUUAAGGCUUGCCGGUGGGCUUUAAAAAGUGUUCAAGAGGUUGUUUUACAGGAGAAGGAGGAGUCUCAUCCUAAGUAGUCCCAGAGGUCCAAACUAGGAGGAAUGAAUGGAAGUUGCAGAGAUGCAGAUUAAAACUCGAUGUUAGGAAAAACUGCCUAACAAUCAGAGUGGCCCCAAAGUGGAACAGUGCUUCCAGAAUCAGUCUGUCCAUUCAUUAGGGCUUAGUAAGUGCUUGCUGUAUGCUCUGGGGAUACAGAGAAAGGCAAAAAUGUCUUUGUCCCCAAGGAGUUUAUAUUCUAGUGAGAAAUGACAUGUCGAUAACUAAGGACAGGCAAGAUACACAUAGUAGAUAGGAGACAAUCUGAAAGGGAAAAGCACAGGCUACAUGGUCACUUACCAGGGAUGGGUAAUGGUGACUCCUGUUGAGGACUGAGUUGAACUAGGUCCCUCACAUUUUAGGGGAUUGUGAUUCUGUUUUUACUUUGGCUUUGACAGGAAAGGAUACUAUGUUGAUGGUAUGGUUUUCAGGAUCCCGUUUGUAAAACAGAGGGUUUACAAACAGCUGAAGACAGUGCAGUCUGAUCAAAGCAAGAGGAAGAGGGCUAGAUGGAGCAUGCUCACUGUCUUCAAAGUAACCCAGCUAACAUCUCGUUUCAUAGGGCCCAAGGCCCACAUUUGGCUCUUCUAACUCUGUGCAGCAAGUAUCUCCUUCUACCUCUUCUCCUCCCUCCUCCCUUUCUGUCUUGCCUUCCCUCCCUUCUCUUUUUCCCUAUCCCAGAACUAGAGGAAAAAUGAUGACUUGAUGUCUAAAUAUCUCACCCUGGUUGUUUCUAUCUAUUCCCUGCCUCCCCCCGCCCCCCCCCCACACCUCCCAUCCUUCCCCUGCACGCAUGACCAUUAUCUUCCCUGAAACACCCCCUGAGGUUCUGUCCAGACUCUGCCCUGCAGGGCUAACACUGAGGAGGAGAAAAGACACGCAACCUCCUUCAGUAUCAUUCUCAGUUUUUCUUCCCAGGAUAGUCUAGGGCAGCCUCUCUCUCACCACUGCACUCUCUAGGCUGCCCUCAGCUCCUCCACUGGUGCACCACCUUCUCUUCUUCCCAGAUAUCAAGUGGAUUAGAAUCCUGACCAUUAGCUUUAGUAAGGGCAGAGGGAAAGAGAAAUACAUAGCACCAAUGGUAAACACCCAACUUUGAAAGGGCCUCUAGAACUGGCUUUGAAGUUCUGCCUAGGCAGAGAGUGGCUUCUUUGACAUUCUGGUUCUGUAUGUGAAGAGAUAAAGGACAGCCUUUUUAUUUCAUGCUGUGACCCUGGGCAAGUCACUUAACCUUUGCCUGCCUCAGUUUCCUCAUCUGUAAAAUGGGGAUAAUAAUAGCACCUACCUCCCAGGGUUGUUGUGAGGAUAAAAUGAGAUAAUAUUUGUAAAGUGCUUUGUAAACCUUAAGGCGCUAUAUACAUGCUAGAUAGUAUUAUUGUUAUUAUUAGAUGACACUGAAUUUCUCACCCUCCAAAUUUCCCCAUUUGAACACAAAAGUGGGAACAAGAGCCUUCCUUAGACUUUUUUUUUCAUUAAAGUGAUCUCACAUAUGGAGGGGUAAAAAGUCACCUCAACAUUUUUAGGCGGUUCAGGUCACCUGGUGUAUUCCCACUGCCAGGACAUCCACAGUGCCUCUCUCAAUGCCAAUGCUUCUAAAGACUCAGAGGACUUCUGUUAGUAAUUGUACUGUCAGCAAUGGAAAUGUCACCCCGCCCCCGUUCCUCUACACCUGGAUAUCCAGUAGGGUGAAAUAAGAAUUCUCACACACAAAUAGAUAGCAUCAAGUGCUCAAGUCAGCAUUUGGCUAGCAGGGGGUUAAUAUAAGAAUCUAAAGCCUGGCCUCAACUUCUCAUCUAACCUGUAAUGCUUGGCCCUACCCACAUUCUGCAUUGGAAAUCCAUUGCUGAACACCCUACAUGAUACUAAGUAAAGCUUUAUCAGGAAAGAAUCUCUUUCUAGGGGAACUCUAUGAACCCCAAGGGUAUAAGGACCCUGAAAGAGGGCACAGGGAAGAAGCCCCAGAGAUUAUCUCCCCAAGAAGAGCUUGGAUCAUUUGUUUGACUAGAUUGUCAAAGGCUAAAUAGCCCAGUGUUACUUAGGAUUUACUUAAGGUUUUACAAAGGAUUUGACAUUUGAUGAUGAGCAAGUUGAUUGAAACAGUAAGAAAGAUCAUAUUUAGUCAUACUCUAUUUCUUGUGGAGGGCACUGUGGUUCAGCUGGCCUCACAGAUAGCUCUACAGAAUAUCCCAUUAAAUGAAUCUAUACUGAAAUCUUCUUCUUUCUAUUUUAAUGCAAUAGAAUUUGGAUUGUUUCCCCAUAUGUCAACAUCUGAAUGGAGUUUACAGUCCUAAACCCUCAACGUUCAUGUCACUUAUCCUAUACUCCCCUGAGAGAAAGAGGGAUACAGGGGUGAUUUGUUUGGCUCUGUGCAUGGUGUCCCAAAAGUCUUAGCACAGUUAAGUUUUUCUAUCCUUAAAGUGCAAUAAGACUUUGGGGAUACCUGGUACCAGUAAGAAAGUCGAGGGCAAUUCAGCCGUUCUUUCCUAGUGUUUCCAUAAUCAAAAAGAGAAAGAACAUGGUAGAUCUCCAGGGUCAAAUGCUGCUGGAAAACAAAAGCAGUAUCCUCCCAUUUGACCUGUGUGUAGAACUAUACAGCAUGUCAUUUAAACUAUACAGCCUCUUCUUUCUUUCCCCACCUCCAUCCCUAAAGAGGUGGCCUUUCCUUUAAACACAUUCCAGACCAAGCACUGUUCAGUUUGUUUGGAAGGGGAGAGGAGGGAGGGGUAAAGAGCAUAUAGAUGCCUGUGUGUCAUCAGUCACUGUUGUGGAUGCCUUGCCCUGGAUGGAGAGCCAAAUGCAUAGCAGAUAUCAGCAGGAAAUGUUCCAAUCUUUUGAUGGCCAAGAUUGAAAACACUGAAUUGCAAGAGCUGAUGUUUAGGGAAACAAUGGGGCAGGUAGAAAUAGAAAACAGAGCUUUCCCCUUCCUGACAAUUCCAUGCCACCCAGCACAAACAGGCAGUUAGCUCAAGGGAUGUCACCAUAGGCUGCAGUCACUUCUGUAUGUCUGUCGAUCGAGCAGGACAAGGAGCCCACAUGUAAACCAUCCUUCCCUUGUGGUUCCAGCACAUGUCAAUUCACAGCCCAGUCACCUGCAAACACAGCAUCUCUCAGAGUGCACCAAUCUGUUUGGCCACACUGUGAAGUCCGCCAUGCAUGCUGGCAAAGGCUUGAUCUUUCUCCCACUCUACAUACUAGGUAGCACCAAGGCUAAAGCAGGAAGUCAUUCAGCUCAUACGCUAUUCCUUCCCGUCUCUCUGCAUCAGGAGCAGUUCUUCUGGCCAAGUUUUGGGGGGCAUUCUGCUUUCGGCAAACCCAAGGAGCUCUAUCUUUGGAAGCCCAACCCUCAGCAUGUGGCCACUAAAUUUGGUCUUGUAGAUUAAGCAAACUAUGGAAUGGCUUCAGUUCCUUUAUCUUUCUACACCAAAGGGAUGAACUGUGUUGCAAUGCCCCUUUGUAAUCCCUAUUGCCGCUUCUGUAUUUGCCAUAAAAUAAGUUUUUAAACUUUUUGUCUCCAGGGAACUUUGCACAUUAUUGUAUCUUCUGAUUGCUUAUUGUAUUAUUUUACUUAUGGGUGAUUUUGUUUUCUUCUGGGACAGGAAAUAAAGAUUGCGUGGGGAGAAGUUUGGGACCCUGGACACAGACAUAUAAGACUGCUGUUGUCUAAAGGUUCCAAGUAUAAAUUGUGUAUCAAUAAGGAUGGUUGUCAUUUCCUCCCCCCUCUCCCUAUCCCUUCCUGCCUGCUACACACCCUUGGCAGGGCAGCAGUGACCAAGGCAUGGUGCUAGCCCAGAUUAUGAUGGCCAUCUUGGUUUGGGAAGGAGUCAAAGGAAAAGAAAUUUGCUCUCAGAGUGUGCUGCCUGUAGGACUUAGGUUUGGCUGAAGUCAUCAGUGCUUUCCAACAAAGGAUGCUCAAUUGUGUCUAAUAAUUGGUCCAGGAACGACAAAUUGUUUCUUCUUGAGAGGCACGGACACAGUGACAUUGUGAUGGCAUCUUUCACUGUGGGCCCCAAAGGCCAGGGUCUCAAAAGCAUUGCUUCCUCUUUCAGUGUUCUAGCCAAGAGACACACAGCGUACAUUCUGUCCAGAGUCAAACUUGCAAUCAUUUCCAAAUUGGCAUCUGUUGCUACACAUCAUGUUACUGGCCCUCUCUUUCUUCCCCUAAAUGCAAGCAUGUUUUCUAGAAGCUUACAACUUUGAAUUCAGGAAUGUCCAUGUGCCUAUUAUUAUCAGGCUUGUGAUUGGUUCAAUUUUUGCUUGUCCAAAAGAAGGGAAAUUGUGUAUUUACUCCAUGCAUGUAAUAAACACUGCAAAAAGUUUAACCUACAUAGGUUUGCGAAACUGCAAAAUUGUUCAUGGGGCUAUGUAGCAAAUGAUUCUCUGCCUUGACAAUCAUGUAUACAUAUCAAAAUUUCUAUCAUAAUGAUAAAGGGGUUGAUGACUACUUGUUUUCCUCCAAUAAAGAUAAUUAAAUCACCAAGAGAUGA